AUGGGGGACGCUGCCUUGGCCAACACGAGCGUGGUCAUCCUGUACCGAGACUCGCUCGGCAAAGCGGUGGUCAAGAAUGUGGUGUUGCUCGCCAUGGGACUGUCCAUCAACUACAUCAACGCCAGCCUCAUGUACACCUUCUGCAAGCACCAGAUCUUCUACUACAACCCACGCUACAUCCUUUUCUUCACCCUGGUUGUGAACGACAUGAUCCAGAUGAGCGUGGGCAUCGCCCUGUUUGUCAUCAGCUACGCCCUCUACAAGAUCACCGCGCUAUCGUGCGCCCCUUUCAUCCUAAUGGCCAUCAUUACCACCGAGAACACGCCCCUCAUCCUGGCGUGCAUGGCGGGCGAAUGCUACGUGGCCGUGCGUCUUCCGCUUCACCACGUCCGCAUCUGCACCGUCAGGAGGACUCUGCUCCUCAUCGCCUUGAUUUUCACCAUUAGCAUCACCUCCGCCUUCCCGGACCUCUUCGUCACGCUGGCCACCAAACGACCGGACUUCUUCUCGUCCCAAAUUUUCUGCCUCCGAGAGACGGCCUUCCCCAGCCCGAUGUUGACCCAAAAGCGGGACAUCACCUACAUCCUCUACCUGGUCAUAGUGUGGUCAGUCAUCUUCUUCACGUACUUCAAGAUCCUGUUCACGGCCCAAACGGCCAGCAAGGAUGCCAAGAAGGCUCGGAGGACCAUCGUCCUGCACGGCGUUCAGGUUCUGCUGUGUAUGACCAUUUAUGCUGCGCCUCUGGUCAAGGACGCGCUACUGCGCGUCUUCCCCAAAAACUACUCGGACUCACUCUUUGCCGUCUACAUCGUGGUGCAGAUCGUGCCCCGCUCCAUCAGCCCCAUCAUAUAUGGUGUGAGGGACAAGUGCUUCAGGAAGUACCUCAAACACUACCUCAUCUGCAGGACGGCACCGCACGGUGACUUAUCCUGAUCUGGCAGCCC